AUGUCUAGCGAUCACGCUCAUUACCAGCCAACCACGCCGCCGGGUUUGCCUUAUGAGGAGUACCUUGGCUCAGGACAUAGUCGCAACGCAUCUGCCUCUUCUAUCUACUCGGCUGAAUCUUCUCCAUGGUCAACGAUGACGGGGAACACUAGUCCCGGUACCUCGCCAGUUCGGCAUCAUCAUGGCCCUGCACUUUUGCCAAAGAUUCGACCCCAGGAUGUGGUCAUCGAGCCGGUCUCUGCUGGCGGUCCUUUGCGUAAUCGACGGGUCUUGUCCAGCACGCGAAACACUCCUGGAUUUGCACCUUAUUCUCUCAGCCGUCCAUCCCUUCGGCGAAAUCAACCAGAUGCUGGGGAUAGAUUGCCUCUGGUAUCUCCUAUUUCACCCAUCGUCACCACGAGCCUCGUCAGUCAUUCUGCCUUGUCAUCUCCAGUAAACAUCACGUCAAACAAGCGCAAGGGAUCUGGAGGUCACAGUCGAUCUGUCUCGGCGUCGGGUAUUGAUGAGGCUACCUUAAAUCGUUAUGGAUAUCCUACCUACCGGCAGCUUCCAAAAUAUGUGCCCCAUGUACAGGCACAAACCUGUCCAACUACGCCAGUGACCCCAGUGACCCCAAACAUUGUGGUCUAUCCAUCUCAACCCCAGCAACCGGCGGUGGAAGUACCUCGGCUUGCCCCUGUACGCACACCACGACAUCCAUUGACUGUACCGACACCUCAAUAUUGCUGCAGCCAAAUCCAUGGUCCCCAGAGGUCACCAAUGCACCUAAUGAGUCCACGCGAAGACAUCCCUCCACCAUCCACCAACUUGAUCUCGUACUUGACCUCUCCCACCCAAGCAGUUAACUUGGUCCGUAAUGUCAGCGUUAUCCCUACCCGCGGAAUGCAUGACUACUUCUGGUGGGAUAUCCGUCAGCUUCGCAACUGGACUUCCUUCUCCUUCGCCACUAUCGAUGCCAUUCACGGACUCACCAAGCUUCUGAACACCGAGAUUCCUGGAAACCUUGCUCCUCCAGUAGGCGUUCCCACCUCACGGCUAUCCCCAGAGUCUGAGCCAGGUCUCGUUGCCCUAAUUCGAGACCUCUACGCUCCACGAGUCAACGCAGCAAUAGCCGUCUCCCAGGGCGCAGAGCACCUCCAACUCUAUCCAGCCCCGGAUAUCCGUCAUACCGGACACAAAAACCACGGACACCCACAUUUCUUAGCAAACUACUCUACGGACAAAGAAUGCACCAGCGCAGGACUCCCACGAGGCAGACUCGUAGGCAUUGUCAAAAGUUUCGACAGAUGGAACUCAGCCAUGCGCAACGAGGCACCACACCGCCGCGUCGAAUACCUAAACGGCCUAGCCCAUCUCCAGCGAUGCAUGAGAGAACAUUCCUGCCGCUACGGCUUCAUAAUCACCGAAAUCGAACUCCUCUGCGUCCGCGCAGGCUGCGACGAUGGCUGCGACGUCCCAUACUUUGGAUACCUCGAAGUCGCAGCCCCAAUUCCACUCAAAACAGCAGCCACCACCCUGUCUGCGCGCGAUGUCCCAGCCCUAGCGACACCAAUCAGCGCACGUUCAUUCUCUUCUUCUUCUCACGGCUCUUCUUAUUCACGGCAUCCGUCACCCGUGCCUGAGUCGGAAUGUUUGGAAGAUCGUCAUGAGACGCCCAUGACAGCAAGUCUGGCAUUGUACUUCCUGCUCAUGCUUUCUAAAUCCGUUCCACUUCCCCAUCAACCCUCCGCCCACCUCAACGUCGGCGGUCCGGGUGCCCUUACCCGGCAGCGAGUCCUUCCUGAACCUAAAGAUAAUUGGAUACCCGAGCCGCAAAUUGGCGAGCGUCGUGACGCUAAGCGGGUUCGGGGAUGGGUUUGGCCUCAGGAUGCUUGGCAUCGUCGGGAAGGAGGUGGUGUUCCUCGAUCAACAAGGAACAUCGAUAUCAGGGCGAAGAAGUGGCAUAAAUAG